CGGCCUGGCAAUCUGUGGGCCGGGCUGUCGCAUCCGUCGAUUGUCGUCCAGCCCUCAUCGCUCUUGCCCAACCAACAACGCCGCCGGACCCAACUCCAGUGCUCGUUUGCCAUUCGAUCCAAUCCGAGCCGAGCUGAUCCUAGCCGAUCCGAGCCCGUCCAACAACCCGGCUUCAACAUCAACAGCGAUACCGAUACCACAAACUCCGGUCAACCGCCAUGUCGCUUCGAGGGAUGCCCUUCGUCAAGGAGGCCCCGGCUUCGGAUCUCGCUCGUUCGGCUGCUCCACCGCAGCAAAGGACGCAGAAGCAGCAGCAACAGCAGAUACAGCAGCAACAGGACAGGCCAUCGUCCCUGCUCAAGGACCUCGAGACCGCCCUCUCGGAUUUCAGCGGUCGCAAGGAGCUCUCGCUGGGGCUGUCCCUCAGCUACCCCGACGGCACCAUGCGGACCCUGGGACGGAGCCGCAUGUCCCGCUACGUUGCCGGAAGAAUCAAGGCCGACCACGAAUGGCGGGACUGGGCCAUUGUCAACUACCUGCGCUGGGCCGAGGACGAGGAGGCAAAGUCUCUCAAUAGCACCACCUCCCAAAUCGACCUCGAGCGCAUGCAGCUGCGGAGCCAGCUCGAUCAGCUCUGGGACGAGGCGAUCCGAACCGCCGUCGACACCCGGACUCCUCGCCAUCAGAUCCAGCAGCGGCCGGGCUCCGUCCCGUCGUCCCCGUCGAUGGCGCCCACGGGCUCCUUUGACCGCCCACCGCCGUCUCCUCGGCUCGCCCCGAUUCGGUCAAGGUCCAAGCCGUUGCCGUCGAUUCCAUUGGGACCACAAGCAGCAUCGGGAUCGAUAGGGCCGUCCUCUGCAAUCCUGUCGCCUGUUCCACCCCACCUCCCGCCGCGACCCAAACCCGCCUCCCCCACGACAUCGCCUCGGAUCCCAGCUUCUCCAAUCCAGUUUCCGGCCUGGCUGAGCCGAACACCCUCGGGCAGUGCCAGCCCAAUGUCGCCCGAGCCAAGCAGCGCCCGCUCGAACCCUGGCCGAUUCGACUCGCCCAGAGGAGCCGACCCAAGCAGUCUGUACCUCCUGCUCCGGAGCCGCAUCGCUCUGGUGUACUUCCUGGCCUUCCUUCUCACCAAGCACUCGGCCGAGCUCCUGUUCUUCAUUGUCGAUGUCCAGGGUUACUGGGACUAUGAACUCGACGACAGCGAAGCAUUGAUGAUCUACCAAACUUACCUGGACCCUUCGAGCGUCUUCGAGAUCAACGUCUCGGACCGAGCCAGACGUCUCGUCCGCGAUGUCAUCAAGUCCUCGGGCGUUUCAUCCAGCGCCACCACUCGAUCCCUCGACCCGCAGAUCUUCCGGCUUUCGUACGACGAAAUAUUCCAGCUUCUCAACAGGCACUAUGGCGACUUUUUGUCCUCCAAGUUCUACAGCCUUAUGAACCGGACGUCGCUCGUUGAUCGGGGCAAUGGCAGCGGCAGCAGCAACGGCAACAGCGACGGUGGCAGCACUGUCACUGGACGUGGAGAGGGGUACUCGAUCCCCGGAGCCGAGUUUGGCUCAGAGUUUGGCGAGGUUGGACACCUGCGCCAGCAAAUCGAGUUCUGGCUUGGCGAUCGGCUGGCGGUAAAGAUCAACUAG